AUGGCAUUCCCUCGUAUGAUACGAUGCGAAAAUACGCAUCAUGAAAGUGUAGGAAGUGUAGACGAUGCUAGCAGGACGCACACAACAGGUGCGACAGUCAUGUGCCAUGUUUGUGGCGAGGAAAUUGAACUCAACGGUCGUGACAACCAACAUGUUGUGAACUGCAAUGGGUGUCACGAAGCUACACCAAUUCGUCCGGCUCCUGAUGGCGUGAAAUAUGUACGUUGCCCAUGCAACUGUCUUCUAAUUUGCGAAGUAGCAUCCACACGUAUUGCAUGCCCACGCGGAAACUGUCGCCGUAUAAUUACUCUUGGACAUCGCGAACCUCAAGGAAGCGCUAUUCGUGCACCAGCUAGCAGUUGUCGUGUCCAAUGUGUUCACUGUUCCGAAAUAUUCGACACCUUGAGCAAUUAUCUGGCGCACUGCCCACAUUGCAAGAAGAAUACUUCUAUAAAGCGAGGGGCUGAAGAUUACGAGGAGAUGGACACGACAGCGUUGGACAGUUCUCAAACAAUCGACCAAGACUACAGCAGUUUUUUGCCUUUGGAGAAAGAAGAAGACCAGGCUGGCCAAGGCGGGUUUCGAUCCGCAGCAGGUGACACCUCUUCUUGCCACUGCGGCUCACCCAGCCGCCCUCGUCGAAAGGUAAACCUCACGGGCGAAUUGUUUAGUGGAGCUCUGGAGGAAAGUAAGCAAGGAAUUCACAAGGUUAUAAGAUACUCGAUACCAGGUACAUCAUUCGGACCUAGCUGGGCAAGCUGUCGAUCGCAAUUUUUUUACAGGUCAGACCUUGUGUUAUGUUUUCGAGCACCUCCGAACGACGAGACAAGGGAAUGUUGUGUAUCGCUGCACGGGAUGCCGCAAGAGUGGGAAGACCGUGAGCAUUGCGGUAAUGCGAAUUUGAAGCUUGUGGUCAAUGAAUGCAACCUAGUUACCGAUCCCGUCCACCUGCCGCACAUCUGCAUGCCAUGGAGGAAUUCAAAGGAGAAAGUCGAGCGUAUGGUAUUAGAGACUUGCCAUGAAGUUCCGAAGGCAGUUCGCUUUGCGCACGUUAAACCACGUCAAGUAUACCAGCAGGUGUUGCUCAGAGUUCAAAAUAGUGACGUUUCUGGUGAAAGGGAGCGAGACGAGAUGCUUGGUUUUUUCGUCCGUGAUGGUUACGAGUCACGCCGCUCAGUAUUUGCAAGGGCAACUGCGAAACUUCACGAUAGGCGGGUCACGAUGGACAACGUGCCGCCGGAGUACGCUUUUUUGGAGGAGGGAACGUCCUUCUUGCAGCACAUGAGCCCAGACCUGCACAUUUAUUACUCUACAGAUGUUAUAGCAAAGGCUUGUCGUUUGGGGCUUCGUGCCUUGGUUGCUGAUGGAGUCCACGACCUUCAGCCGCAAAUAACGAACAAGCAUGGGCAACUUUACACCGUCCACGGAGUGGUGCCGGGCCUUAGGGAUUUUCCCGCUAGCUUUCGCGAUUGCAUUAAGCGGAUCUUUCAAGCAGUGAGGGAUGCCAUCAUCGCAGCUGGCGGAUCAGAAGACAUACGAAUUGUAUUGGACUUUGAGAAAGCCGCCAUUAACGCGGCCAGGAGGUGCUUCCCAAGCGCAUCAGUAGAGGGGUGCGCUUUCCAUUUAGCGCGCGCGUGGAACAGACAAAGAGAUGAUCUUGGGUUGCUCCCGCAGUUUCUCGACUACCUUCAGCGCCAUUGGUACGAGGGCCCUUUCAGGGACAUGUGGAACAAAUGGAACAAGAAAAGUCUCCGCACCACUAAUGUAGCCGAAGCCUUCAACAGAGAACUUGGAGUUGUGCUUGGAGUGAGGUAUCCCCCUAUGGCAGACCUCAUUAUCGCACUGCACGGCUUUGUGGGCAAAGCAAGAGGAACACUCGACAACGCUGACCGGAGGAGAGCAGAACCGAAACGUGUUCGCCCAGAGGAUGUCCAGCGACGUCGUCGCGUAUCCAGAGAGAUGGCCCGCUUCAAAAUCGUCCUUCGCCGCAACGCCUUCAUUCGGACCACAACGAUAACCACUUACUGUCGAAGAAUGUCCGAGUUCAUCACCGAACAGUCGCGUACAUAA